AUACAAGUCCCCGCGUUCCGAAUUCUGAUCCAUUUCGCCUCGGCUUUUGUUUCUGAAGACGAGAGAAAAUGAGCCAGGAAGAUAAAUCUGCCGCCGUCGGUGUCGUCGUUCACCACCAUCACGAACCCAAUCCCGGCCACCCUCACUACGGAACCUUUCAAGGCGUCGCUAACUAUCCUCCUGUCGGAUUCCCCCAGCCUACUCGCCCGCCUGGUGUCUCCGACUUCGACGAUCGUUCUCAACCUCAGCAGUAUGCUCAUGGCUAUCAAACUGUCACCGGAUAUGCUAUUGUCGAAGGAAGACCAGUCAGAGAGCCUCGCCUUCCUUGCUGUGGUAUUGGCUAUGGGUGGUUUCUGUUUAUUAUUGGCUUCAUCCUUCCUGCUACAUGGUACAUUGGGGCAAUUCUUAUAUUAUGUGGCCGGGUGCACUAUCGUGAGAAACCAGGAUAUGUUGCUUGCUCAAUUGCUGCGGUUAUUGCCACAGUUGCAAUAAUUUUCGGUGCAACAAAGGGAGCUGAUGUCUGGUAACCAAUCCUAAACUAAAAAUAUUGUAUAGUUUGCAAACAUGUAUGAACAACAAAAUCCAUGAUCUUUGACCUCCACAUCUUCAAGAUAGUUCCAUUGAAAUCUGAAUUUGUGAGAGCCUAUAGAUUUCCCAUGUCGUCGUGCCUAAGAAGUGUAGAAUUCUGCAAAAUCACGUUAUUUGAUUUUUCUAUGAUAUGUCCAAAGGUGUGUUAUGACUAUUCAUCUGAAACUCCUCUGUCGGAAUGUACCUAUCCUUCUGUAAAUAUAUUUCUUCUUUGUUUGUAUA